AUGGGUGUCGGUCGUGUUAUCUGUGUGGCUCUGCCAUUCAUCCUGACCGUCGGUUCCCUCAUCUUCUUGAUGGUGGCGGCCCUCGGCGGUGUUUCCAACAAGGACCUCUACAUGUUCCGCGUCAACCUCACCGAUCUCGAGAUUAACCCUGCUUCGCUAUCGAGCGUAGUGAGUCGCGACGUCAAGGCCGAGAACUUCGGCAACUACCACAACCGUGCUCUGCUCCACGGCGUCUCCAAGGCUCAGACCGACGGUACCACCCAGACCAGCAACAUCACCGCCGCCGACCUCGGCCUCGACAACCUCUACGACAUCGCUCUCUGGGGCUACUGCACUACCGCCUCCAACGGCGACAAGACCUGCACCAAGGCCAAGUUCGACUGGGCUGCCGAGUACCUGAACACCUCCACCCUCACCACCAUCGGCUCCGUCUCUGGCCGCAAGGUCGAGCUUCCCGAUGAGGUCACCAGCGCUCUGUCCGCCUUCAAGACCGUCACCAAGUGGACCCAGGUCGCCUACAUCAUCGCCUUCAUCGCCCUUGGCCUCGAGGUCCUCUUCGGCAUCUUCGCCAACUGCACCCGCGCCAUGUCCUGCGUGACCUUCCUGGUCGCCUCUGUCGCUUCCGUCGCCGUCUGCGCUUCCGCCGCUCUCUCCACCGCCAUGUCCGUCGUCGUCGUCGGCGCCGUCGAGGCUUCCGCCAAGUGGUACGGCGUUUCCGCUUCCUUCAACAACAGCUUCCUUGCUCUUGUCUGGAUCUCCGCCGCCCUCGCCCUCGGUGCUGGCUUCUUCUGGUUCUUCACCAUCUGCUGCUGCGCUCCCAGCCACACCCGCAAGGAGCGCAAGCGCAACUCCGACGGCGAGAAGCUCAUUCCCCAGGGCAACAGCGCCUACCAGCCCAUCCACGAGGAGAACGGCUACUACAAGCAGCAGCAGGCCACCCAGUACGGUGCUCCCCGCUACGCCAGCGGCGCCCGUGGUGACAUGGCCUACGAGCCCUACUCUCACCGUUCUUAA